AUGUCCAACCCACCAACGACAGAACCCGAGCUCCAAGCCCAAGCACCAGCGCCCGCGGAUCCGGCUCCAGCUACAGCUCCUUCAACCGCAGAGCCCACAAUGCCUCCUGCUCUCAUCCCCAACGCGGCCGACGCCAGCGCAACUGCCGACGACACCUCCAUGAUCGAUGCGCCCGAGGCGGCCUCUUCUCCAGCUCCGAUACCCCAAGCCGCGGCCGGCGCUCCCAGUCCAGUUCCUGCACGCACCGGAACACCCAGUCGCAACCUGAACAACGGUGAGACCAGCUCCCGCGCCGGCUCCGUCCACCCCGACACGAACGCCGUCAACCUCCCGACGCAGGCGACACCCCAUGGCGACAGCGCUCGCAUGUACAUCAACUCGACAGUCACUGCGUCCCUGCUCGAGGGCAUGAAGAAAAUCGGCAGAGACCAGUAA